AUGUUACUCUAUCCCAACCCACAAACAAGGCAAAAAAACUUGUCGCCAGAUGGAUUUGAAAGAAGGGUAUGGACAGCAAAUGAUGUUUAUCCUGGACCAAUUAUAAGAGCAAAUAAAGGGGAUAAAAUUUUUGUAAAUGUAACAAAUUGUUUUGGAGAACCGGCGUCGAUACAUUGGCACGGCUUAACUCAGAAAGAAACAAAUUGGUACGACGGUGCUCCAGGAUUUACUCAAUGUCCAAUUCCAAACGAUGUUUCAUUGGUUUAUGAUUUCUCCACUUAUGGUCAAUCCGGUACUUAUUGGUGGCACUCACAUUAUCUUACGCAAUAUGUUGACGGUUUACGAGGAACACUAAUAAUUCACGAUCCAGAUGAUCCAUAUCUGAAAAGUUAUGAUGAAGAAUAUGUAAUUACAUUAUCGGAUUGGUAUCACAAUAACUCUUCGACUUUGUUAUCUGAUAGAAUGGCACCUGGAUAUGAAGGCUUCGACCCGAUUCCCGACUCUGGUUUGAUUAGCGGGAAAGGAAGAUAUGAUUGUUCAGCUGCUCCAAAAGAUUCGAAAUGCACCCCAAAUGCACCGUUGGCAACUUAUAAAUUCAAAAAAGGACGGAGAUAUCGUCUUCGUUUAAUAAACACAAGUACGGAAUAUUUCUUCACAUUUUCCAUUGACGAACAUAAAUUGAAAAUCAUUGAAACCGAUGGGGAAUACGUUGAGCCAUACACCGUCGAAAAAAUUCCAAUUAAUAUUGGGCAAAGAUAUUCUGUAAUCGUUGAAGCAAAUCAAGCCAUCGAUAAUUACUGGAUUCGGGCUACAAUGAAUAAAGAAUGUGCGCAUUCCAACAACUUUACCAUCAAUAUUAAUUCAGCGAUAAAUUAUGAAGUUGUCGGUAUAUUGAAAUAUGAAGGGGCAAAAAAUGAUGAACCAACGACAAAAGAAUCCAAUGAACAACAUGAUAGAUGUAAAGAUUUAUCAACGAAAUUUUUAAUUCCUUUAAAUGCAAAACCAGCACCUGAACCAGUUCAUAAAAUUAUUACAUUGAAUACAACUGCCAUUACAAAUGAGAAAAAUGUCACGGUUUUUACGGUUAAUGGAAAAACUUUUUCACCAGAUUUCCAAAAUCCCACACUUCAAAGGAUAUUGAAUGGGGAAGAUCCUAAUACAUUUCCAGACGAUCAAGUAACAUUUGUUUAUGAUGAACCAAAUGGUGUUAUUGAAGUUAGACUAAUCAAUAAUGGUAUUGGUACGCAUCCAUUUCAUAUGCAUGGUCAUAACUUUUUUGUCCUUGGAAGUGGAGAUGGAACCGAAGUAGUCGAAAGUGAAUUAAAUUAUAAAAAUCCUACCAUUCGAGACACUGUUACCUUACCAGCUAUGUCAUGGACCGUUAUUCGCUUUUUAGCCGAUAAUCCAGGUGUAUGGGCGUUCCAUUGUCACAUUGAAUGGCACGUUGAAAUGGGAUUGGUAGCUCAAUUGAUUGAAUCACCAACCGAACUCGCCAAACGUCAACCUCCUAAAGAUUGGAGUUCGCUCUGUUCCAAAUGA